UGUAAAAACUUCCUGGAAACCAGUUGAUAUCUUAUCGUGUUUUAUGUGGUUAUAAAAUAAAAUAUGUAUAAGAAUGGAAUAAAUAUUUAAUCGCAGUACCUAAAUAUUGUUCGUUAAGAAAAAUUCCAAGCACAAAAAAUUGUUUACCCUUAUUUGAAUCUUCUUUCGGAUUGGGUACUAAAGUACAAAGAAACUCCGCCCUCAAAGGGAAAAAAGUUGCACCCCUAUAGAUCAGUUUGGGUCACUUUUACCCGUCAGUUCAGUUCUGACAUCGAAGCACAAAGUGUGGACUCAGUGCGAAAAACCACGUGCAUCUUAACCCAAAAAAUCAUGAAUAUACCAAUUCAUUACGCGUAUCCUUAUAACACAUCCAUCCACGGUUAUCAAGAUGUUCCACCUGCUCCAAGAGUUAUGUAUCAUUUACCAAGAGUUGUUUUAAAUCAGAAAUCAAAAUUUAAAACUGAUGAAACAUUUAAAGCACUCAGUAUAAAAUCAGAGAUUCGAUAUACUGGAAGAAAUGACUUAAAUAUAGACCAACGUCGAAAAUGUUUUUUAUCAGAUUGUGUAAACGGCCAUGUGGACAUAUCUUUUAUAUCUAAAGGAAUCACCAUUGGAUUAGCUGUAUCGCUUCAAAGUAUUGAUGUCAAUAACCCCCCAGAAAAGAUUUAUCUUAACUCCUCGUUUAUAAUGAACGCCGUUUGCGUUCGAUUUCAAGGAUGGAUUGAUGUUAACAUCUUAGACGGGAUCGGUUAUUUGGAAUACGACGAGGAAAAGGGCGAAUACGAGGACGCUAUUUUAAAGGAGAAAAUUAAAAGGUGCCACCAAACGACAUCGCACAACAGUGAUGAAAAAAGUAAAUAUUGUAUUUCGCAAGAAAUGCCACGACAAGAGGAAUACUGGGAAAAUAGAAAUGUCUGCUGAACCCAACAUAAUACAAAACUGGAUGUUUGUAUGAAUGUAUAGUUUUCUUGACAUCGAAUGAUGUGCAAUAUAAUAUUUGUAAUUUUGUAAAUAAUAUGUUGAUCAUGUUUAAUAAGUAAAUAUUUUCUUAGUA